GUAGCUUAUAACAACAAAAUGCCGGAAACUGAACACUUGCCAGAAGGCUGGGAAAAACGCACCAGCCGCUCAACCGGUAUGAGCUACUAUCUCAACGUGCACACAAAGGAGUCCCAGUGGGACCAGCCCACUGAACCGGCAAAGAAGGCCGGAGGUAAUGCCUCCUCGUCGGAUGGGCCCAAUGAGGUGCAAUGCCUCCACUUGCUGGUCAAACACAAGGGCAGCCGCCGACCGAGCUCGUGGCGCGAGGAGAACAUCACACGCACCAAGGAGGAGGCUCAAAUGCUGCUCGAGAUCUAUCGCAACAAAAUUGUCAACAGCGAGGCCACAUUCGAGGAACUGGCGCGCUCCUAUUCCGACUGCAGUUCGGCCAAACGUGGCGGUGACUUGGGCAAAUUCGGACGCGGUCAAAUGCAAGCGCCCUUUGAGAAGGCCGCCUUCGCACUGAAGGUGGGACAGCUAUCGGACAUUGUGGACACCGACUCGGGCCUGCACAUUAUUCUGCGCAAAUCAUAAACCUAGUCGGAUGAAAAGAUAUAGGCAACUGCAUUAACUCAUUAGAAAUAAAACAAAAUUAAAAAAGGCGCUUGAAUUUAA